CGCGCAAGUGACCUCGCCCAAGUCUCGGCUGAGGCGAGGAUAGAGAAGCUCGCGGCGGCGUCUCCACCCCCCUCAGAGAGAGAGAAGCGACGCGAAGCAUCGCGCGGGGCGGAUCGACUCGAGGGAGAAAGAAACGCCAUCGCGGACCUCCCCCACCUCCGCCGCCGCCGCCAUCCUCGACUUUCUACUCGGCCCGCCAGAGCCUCGUCGCUACUCUUACCCCCCCGCAGCCCCAAACUACCACCUCCAACCGGCCGCCCCAUCGCCUUGCUCCGCGGGUUCGCCGCCUCUUCGCGCUCUCUGUCGCUCGCUCGCCGUGUGCGGUAAAACAACGUGUGUGCGCGUGCAGGUGAGGGCUUCCCCGUGUCACAAUGCGGGAGUACAAGCUGGUGGUGCUGGGGUCUGGUGGAGUGGGGAAGUCCGCACUGACGGUACAGUUCGUGCAAGGAAUAUUUGUGGAAAAGUACGAUCCCACCAUCGAAGACUCCUACCGGAAGCAAGUGGAAGUGGAUGGAUCACAGUGCAUGCUGGAGAUCCUGGAUACAGCCGGCACAGAGCAGUUCACGGCGAUGCGGGACCUGUACAUGAAGAACGGCCAGGGCUUCGUGCUGGUCUACUCCAUCACGGCGCAGUCCACCUUCAACGACCUGCAGGACCUGCGCGAGCAGAUCCUGCGCGUCAAGGACACGGACGACGUGCCCAUGAUCCUGGUGGGGAACAAAUGUGACCUGGAGGACGAGCGCGUGGUGGGCCGCGAGCAGGGGCAGAACCUGGCGCGCCAGUGGCAGAGCUGCGCCUUUCUGGAGGCCUCCGCCAAGUCCAAAAUCAACGUCAACGAGAUCUUCUACGACCUGGUGAGGCAGAUCAACAGGAGAGCGCCGCCUGAGAAGAGGAAGGCGAAGAAGAAGCAGUCGUGCACGCUGCUGUGAGACGCUGUCGGCCACCACCGCCGUCAAUCCCCACCGCCAACAACGCCGCCGCCACCAACACCGCCGCCGCCACCACCACCACCGCCACCUUUUUUCUAUUGCGCCUUGGGGGGUCCCGGCGUGGGGUCCUCCGUCGCGCUCGGCGUUUCGCGAGGAGGGAAACGUCCCCCCGAUCCGAUCCCAACCUACCAACCCGCCUACCGUCUGCGCACCGCCCGUUUUUGUCCGUCGGUCGCCCCCCCCCCCGCGGCCGCUACCCCCCCCCCCCACCCCCCCCCACCGGCGUCUGUCGGAAACUCGUGCGGAGACGAAAGCGACGCCGGCGCUGUCCCUCACCGCGACCGACUUCCCCGCGUUCGAGAGCCGAGCGCCCACCCACGCCUCGCCACGCAACCAAUUACCGAGUCACGACGCCGACACCUUUACGACGUUCAGCCGGCGGGAGGGGGGGGGGGGUGGUGGGGGGGCUGCCGUGGAGGGGGGGGGGGCCCUUUUGUGAAGGCUGCGGAAUCGGUCCACCGGGAAAAAAAAAGGAAAAAAAUUACAAAAAAAAAUUGAAGUGGGAAAAAGAUGAGUGCCCCCCCCCCCCCCACACAGCCCCCACCCCCCUUCCCUGGUUAUUUCUUUUGUCUUUUUCUGUCCCUUUGUUAUCCCUCCGGCGUGUGUGUGUGUUUCGAACGGUCCGUGUGUUGCACGUGAGAGUUGGUUAACCCUCCGCCCCGCUUCGCCGUGCGAUCGACAGGUAGGCGGCUGGCCAGGUGCGCGUGCGUGCGUGUUUGUGUGCCCGAGUGUGCACGCGCGUGCGCUCCGUGUGCGUUGUGCGUGCGAGCUAGUGCGUCGGUGUGCACGCCAGUGCGUUCGCGUCGGUGUGCACGCGCCUGCGUUCUCUGUGCGUGCGCAAGCUAUGGCAUGAGUGUGCACGCUCGUGUGUUCGCGUGCGAGCUUGUGCGUGCGAGCUAGCGUGUGAAUGUGCACGCUAGUGCGUUGUGUGUGUGUGUGCACGAGUGUGCGUUCGCGCGCGAGUUUGCGUGCGAGUGCGAGCUAGUGCAUCAGUGUGCGAGCUAGUGCAUCAGUGUGCGAGCUAGUGCAUCAGUGUGCGAGCUAGUGCAUCAGUGUGCGAGCUAGUGCAUCAGUGUGCGAGCUAGUGCAUCAGUGUGCGAGCUAGUGCAUCAGUGUGCGAGCUAGUGCAUCAGUGUGCGAGCUAGUGCAUCAGUGUGCGAGCUAGUGCAUCAGUGUGCGAGCUAGUGCAUCAGUGUGCACGCGCGUGCGUUCCGUGUGUGCGUUGUUCUGUGUGCGAGCGAGUGAGCGACUUCUGCUGUCUGGAGCUUCUGUCGCCCUCCUCUCAUCCAUCCCCAAGCCGUGACAGAUGCUCGCUCCUCCUCCUACUCACGCACCUCCUCCUCCUCACCCUCCUCCUCACCCUCCUCCUCACCCUCCUCACCCUCCUCACGCACCCCACUCCCCACUGCCCCCUGCCCCGCUCUGACAGUCGCCGAGCAAGCGAGCGGCACAGCGCCACUCGACAGCGCAGGCAGGCGCCCAACUAACACUCUCCCCGUUUAACCUGUGGCUCCCGUACUAAUAUUUGUACAGAGACUUUUGCAUACGACCCGUCUCUUCAGACUUUAUAAAUACUGUAUUGUCAUUUUUUUUUCCUCUCCAUUAUUUUUUUGUAUUUUACUGUAAAGAAUAAAAAAAAGUGGUGGCUCAGGAGCUGAGACUUCGUAAAAAAAGAACAGAAAAUAACGGGGAGGGGGGGGAGGGUGAGGGGGCAGGUGGGGGCUGGGUGGCGCUCCCCCCCUUGCCCCUACCUGUUCUAUUCUUCUCCAGCUGCACGAUGCAUUUCGCCCGGUUCUCUGCGCUCGCCGCCGAUUAACCCCCCGGCCUCCACCGCCGGCCCCCCGUCUCCAAACGACUUCUUCCCCCCCCCCCCCGCCGCCACUCCCCCCGGCCCCGCUCCUGAACUCCCAUCAAAUGUUGGGGGGGGGCGCGGAACACGAAAACUGAGUUGUCAACUCGCCGUUUUUUUUUACCCAGAGGGGCGAUUCGUGAGCGGAGCCACCGGGGGAACAUCGUCCUGGCCGCUGCCGCCGCCGCCGGGACUGCGUUCGAUUAUUGUUUGUGGGCGCACGAGUGAUUGUUUUUGGGGGGUUUUUUUGUUCUUUCUCUUUGGCGGGUUCCGUUGGCAGCCAGAGGAGAGCCGGGGGGGGGGGGGGGACCUUGACGGCGCCAGAGGUUUGUUGGGGCUAGAGUCCGGCGGUGCCAAAAUCCCCAGACCGCAGCUCUCCCUCUCUCUCCCUCUCUCACUCGCUCGCUGAUGUGGCCCCGGUCCCCCGGCACCGCUUUGCGUUGUGAGACGGAGGCACCCGUCUGUCCGGGCGGAUGGCCCGGCAGGCGGGCGGGCUGGUGAGACGGGGAGGGAGAUGCGGUUUUGGUGGUCGACCGUUCUGUCAGUUGAUUGGUCGGUCGCCCGGUCUGACGAUUGAUUGAUUGGUCAGUCGGCCGGUUGAUUGAUCACUCUGCCGGGCAGUCAGUUGAUUGGUCAGUCGGCCGAUGCGGUCAUUUGAUUGGUCAGUCGGCCGGGUUGUCAUUUGAUUGGUCAGUCGGCCGGGUUGUCAUUUGAUUGGUCAGUCGGCCGCGCUGUCGGUUGAUUGGUCAGUCGGCCGCGCUGUCAGUUGAUUGGUCAGUCGGCCGGUCUGUCGGUUGAUUGGUCAGUCGGCCGGUCUGUCGGUUGAUUGGUCAGUCGGGCGGUUUGUCAGUUGAUUGGUCAGUCGGCGGGGCUGUAGCAGCACGAGACUUUACAACUUAACACGCGGUGGGACUUGCGCGGGUACAGCGAUGGCCUCUGCCUCUGUCCACCGCUGCUGCUGUUCGCCAGGCCGUGGCGCUGGGGGGGGGGGUAGCUCCUGCAUGGUUUAUUUCACUUCCUUACUUUUGAUUUAAGAUGCUUUCGUGCGUACUACAAGAUUCAUUUAUUGAUGCUAGCCCCUCCCCCGCCCUCCCCCGCACCCCUCUCGCCAUCGUCAUCACCAACGUCAAUCGACAUCGUCGUUAUUAUUAAACAAUAUCAUUUAUUACAACUCGGUUAUAAGCUGUUGAACUUCUGCUUGGCAGUGGCACGAGAGGAUGCGAGCGCGUGCGUGUUCCGUUGUUUGUGUUUACAAGUCGAGUUAAUUCGCAGGCGUGACAUUGACACAAAAAAGUUACCAGCAAGGCCCCCCCUCGAAGGCUUUCAAAAUGCUUUGUAUUGCCCCACACCACACAACCCCCCACCCACCCACCACCCCCAGCCCCUACAGAAAAAAAAACUAAUUGAAUGCUCCGAAUUAAAAACAAACAUAUAUGUGUGUGCGUGUGCGUGUCCGUAUCUCGUGAGUCUGACCCCCCCCUCUCCUCCCCAUUGAAGCAAUGGAACGCCCCGACUUGAAAGGAGAAGCCGUCUGUCUCUCGGUUGGCCAGGUUAUGGGGCAAACCAUUGUGGGCAGAGGUGCCGGCGUGGGGGGGGGGGGAGAUUUUAAAAACCCAGCCGCAGGAAAUCCAUUCGCUCCGCAUCUCCAACUCAGUGGUACAUCCCAAGUCUCUCUGCCUUGUAGUCCACACACGUUAACCCGCUUUAUAGUUUCUACUGAUUGUACUGUAGAUGUCUGAUGAUAUAAUACUUUUUUUCUUUCCCCGAACUACUUAAAUAUUCGUACAAUGUGUACCGUACAUACAUUUGAUGCCAAAUAAAUUGUAUUACAUUUUACACUC